CGUUUCACUUGUCCUAUACACAGGAAGAGAAGAAAAAAGAUGGGAGAUAAGAUAAGCCUUCCCCCGGGUCUCAAGUUCUUCCCAACCGAUGAAGAUCUCGUUCUUCACUAUCUCUAUAGGAAGGUCAAACUUCUCCCUUGCUACUCAGACUUCAUCGCAGAGAUAGAUCUUCACAGCUACAAUCCUUGGGAGCUACCAGGUAAGGCUUCGGGUGGCAGCAAAGAAUGGUAUUUCUACAGCCAAAAACCAAGAAACUACAGGAAGAACUCCAUAAAAUACAGACCUGCUGCAUCUGGACAUUGGCGGGUGACAGGCAUGGAUGAGCCCAUAUCAAAUGGGAGCACUAUCGUUGGGUGUAAGAGAUCUCUGGUCUUCUACACCGGCAAGGCUCCAAGUGGGACAAAAACUGACUGGGUCAUGGAUGAAUAUAGCCUCUUGGAAUCAACAACCAGGGAGUGUAAGAAGCGUGGGAGCUCAAGAACUGUAUCUGGAGACUGGGUAUUAUGCAGGAUCAAAGAGAGAGGCCUUCAUUCAGAGAUGAAAUGUGAAGAAGAUGAUGAUGAUGAAGGGACAGAGUUGUCAGCUAUGGAUGAGAUCUUCUUUUCCUUGGCGGACGACUUCGAUGAAAUAACUUCACCAAUCAACCAGCAGUUCGCUGCCGCAUUCUUGCACUAGCUUUGUUUUUCUCACAUUUUCUCGGCUUCUUCUCGCUGAAAUUGCAACUAGGAAAAGCGAUUACCGACAGAAUUUUCCUUUUCGUCUUUUUUCUUGGAUGGUAGUUACAACUUGCAGAGAGAGCAUAUGUAAGAAGAUUAGUGAGGAAGAUUAGAUCCCCCUGUGAACUCAUUGUUUCUUUUUCUGUCAACUAGCGGCUUUCACGUGUUACCCAGCAAUUUUAUACAACUCAGAUCGAGUACUCAAGUUAUAUUAUA